AUGCUGCCCAUUGGCCAGGUGCUGUUUUGCCUGCGGAGAUGGUGAUGGUGUUGCAAUGUUUGCAGAGCUGUAGGUCGCUCUGGCUGCAGCUCCUGCACCCCAUAAGGUGCAGGGUGAGGGGCUGGAUAUGCACCUCGAGCUGUGUCACCAUCCCCUCAGUGUCAUAAGGCUCCUUUUCUCCUCCUGGGCUGCUUGUAGGACAUGCCACACAUUCUGCAGCCUGGGGAAAUAGCUGGGAUUCUUGCAUUUCCUCCCCCAAAAUGACACUGGGUUAGUCCACAGGAACCUCAGCAGGGAGAGGAUGGUGCCCCCGGCAGUGAGGAUGCCCCAGGCUCAACAGAGCCUCUUCCAGCCCCACAGUGCUGGCAGAUUUCCUUUUGCAACCCCUUGUUUUGCAUUGUAGCCUAUGAGGGGCAGCAGAUUCCUGUGGUGCCCCCUCACUCAUCGCCGUGCCCGUCGUUGUUUCCCUACUGGAGCUGUGCCAUUCAUGGAGGAGCUCAGCUUCUUACUCACAGAGCAAGAAACCCCAAAGGAACAGAUGUGAAGGAACCCCUCCUCGUGAUUCUUUUCUUUACAGGACAAGGCUUGGGGUGAUUUGCAGGGACUGUGGGGGACAAACCCACCCAAUGGGCCACAGAGGAGGAGCAGUGCUCCUGGAGGAGGAGCGGGAGCUGAAGGGUUAACAGGGAGUGUUUGCAGCCAGUCCCUUAUCACCAAGGAGAAGAGAACAGCUCUUGGGAAAGAAACAAAACACCCACUGCCCAGGAAGGCAAUUUCUUCUGCCCCACAGCCCUGGACCCCAGCAGUGCUCCAGCACCCCGCUGUCACCCCCCUGGUGGCACAGAGCACACAUUUAGGGUCUUAUGUCACAAUGGGGACUCCGGGAGCAGCGGUGCGGAGCAUCCGUCCCUAUGGGUCCAGCCAGCAGUACCUGUAUGCCAUGAAGGAGGACUUGGCCGAGUGGCUGAAGGAGCUCUAUGAGCUGGACAUCGAGGUGAGCACCUUCUUGGAGGUGCUGGAGACGGGGGCUGUGCUCUGCUCCCACGCCAACCACAUCACCCGUGUGGCUGAGGACUUCGCCCACUCCUGCCCCAGUGCAGCCCAGCACCUCCAGCUGCCCAGCACCGGCGUCAGUUGUAACCCAGCAGCACAGCCAGGCACCUUCCAGGCCAGGGACAACGUCUCCAACUUCAUCCAGUGGUGCAGGAAGGAGAUGGAUAUCAACGACGUCCUGAUGUUUGAGACGGAGGACCUGGUGCUGAGGAAGAACGAGAAGAACUUUGUGCUGUGCCUGCUGGAGUUGGCACGCCGUGCCGCUCGCUUUGGCAUGUGUGCCCCCACCCUGGUGCAGAUGGAAGAGGAGAUCGAGGAGGAGCUCCGCCAAGAGAUGGACCUGCCUCCUGCAGACACCCCCCCAUCACAUCGUCCCCCCAGGAAACCCCGGGACCUCCACAACCUUGACCAGAUGGUCCAGCACCUGGUGAGCCGCUGUACCUGCCCUGUGCAGUUCCCCAUGAUCAAAGUUUCAGAUGGGAAAUACCGCGUGGGUGACUCCGACACCCUCAUCUUCGUUCGGAUCCUGCGGGAGCACGUCAUGGUGAGGGUCGGGGGCGGCUGGGACACACUGGAGCACUACCUGGACAAGCACGACCCGUGCCGCUGCACCUCGCUCUCCCACAAACAGCUCUCCAGGACCAGACCCCCCCAGCAGCCGGUGCAGCACGAGGUUCGGCUCUGUGCAGCCCCCUCAGCCCCCGGCCACGCACACCCCACUCUGCUGGUCAGCCGCUCACAGAGCCCACUGCCCCCCAUCACCUGGGCACCCCACGGCCACGGCCACCACCCCUGGACCCACACCAACCCCAGCCCUCGCCAGGAACCGAAGCAGCCCCAGAGGGUCCCUUCAUGCAGGACACCAACACCAAGGUCACCUGCUCGAACCAUCUCCCCUGGACUUGGGGCUGCACAGCGGGCACCCACCCCAUCCCGAGGCACUGUAGGGACCCCCAGGGAACCACAUAGGAACCCCCCAAAGGCAGCAGCACAGAACAAGGGCACAGCCCCCAGUGCCCACCCAGCACCACCACGUCCCAAAAGCACUCAGCAAGGAGGUGGCUCAUCCAGGGCAGCUUCCAGCCAUGUAGGGGCACCCACCUCUGUGACACCCCGAGCCCACAGCCCCAUCAAGAACUGUGCCUCAAGUCUGCAGCAGGAUGCCCACAGAACAGAGCAGGGCAGGAAAAGCCCCAGGGAAGGGAACUGGAGAACCCUUGGAUGUAAACAUCCAUCGUCACACCCAGAUUCCCUGAAUCAACCUCCAAAGCAGGACAGCAACGUUAAAACCCCAAAGAAAACCAGCUCAACCAUCUGCCGGCCCCCCACCCCUCUGAGCCAUUUUGCAAAUGGGUGUGAGAGCUGUCCUGCUGGAGAGAGUCCCCAGUGUCCCCCUACGAGCCCAAUGCCCAGGGAUGAUGAGAGCUCUGCAGUGCCAAGGAGGGCCAGCAGCCACAACACGGACAUCUCAGGGCUAAGGGGGAACUGGGGACACUCUCAUCCCCCUGACUAUGGGAAGGUGCUGGAGGAGCUCACCCGCAACCGGCAGCCCCUGCGUCCUGUGGGGAUGGGCAACAGCCUGUCCUCAAAGCCCCCAACCACACCGUGUGCCAAUAUCCCAGCUGGGGGGUCCAUGGAGGGGCCAGCUGUGGGGGAUCAGACCACACGGAGCACUGUGCCCAAAGCCCGGCGCUGCCUGAAGAAACCCGAGCGCGUGCCCUCCAUCUACAAGCUGAAGCUGCGCCCCAAGGUACGUCCCCGAAGGGACCACCGGCCUGGGAAGGGUCCCUCACGCAUCCCCACCCCACUGGGGCAUCGCCUGCCCCGUACCCGGGGCCAGCAUCGCCCUACAGCCCUCCCAAAGUCCCCACAACCCAGGGAUACCAAGAGUGACAGCAGUGCAUGGCUCACUGAGGAUGAUGAGGAGGCGUGGGUCUGAGCCGUGCCCAUUGGUUUGGGUCAGGAUUGGACCUCCCCAUUGUCAGAGCUGCGAUGCCAAAGUUGUGAUGCUCAUCCCCAUACCUGGCAUUCAACCAAGCCAUCUACCCCGCUCUUCAGUCUUUCCCAUCUGCAUAAUGGAACCAAUGAUGCUCUUGCUUCACCCAAAGUCCCACCCAACCCCAUGAGCUGCUCAGGGCAGGGGGACACAUGAGUACCAUGUCAAUGCUAUUGUCAGACUGCUGUGUUGGCAUUUCCAUGGCUGGGGGCUGUUCCACUGAGGAUGGAGCCCAUACCAAGGCAAUGGCCAUUGGUUCUCAUACAGUAGAGCUCUCCCAAAGACUUCUGUACCAGUGGCUCUUCUGGCUGGGUGAUAGAAGAAGAUCCAAAGGGCUUUGGGGCCAUGGUGGAGCUGUGGGAUCCGGCACCACGAGCAAAGAGCAGCGAGGCGAGUACAGAACAAAGGGGACAGACCUGAUUUUAAUUGGGUUCCAAAUAAAGGGGCGCAGGGUGGUGUGGACACCUGGGGAUCUCCAACAAGAAGUCCAUGGGGAAGAGAAUGCCACGUCCAGGCACCACAAUGCUCACCAAUAGUGGGAGGAGAGGAGAAGCAUCCUCAUCAGUGCUGCACCCAACCCCAUGUCACCACUUGGUCACGAUAUAUUGGGGCAGAAAAUGACAUUUUCCUUCCCAUUUCCCUUGGGGACAGCUGGGAACAUCCUCAGCCCCCCCCCCCCCAGGAUGGGAGUGGGUUAUUUCUGCAGUAGGCAUAGAUCCAGGUAGGAAACCCACAGCGAUGGCGAGUGGUAACACUUCAUACUAAGGGUUUGUUUAUGGGGAGGACAAUGGAGCUCCGUUACUGCUGUGGAUGGGGAUGUCCUGGCCCCUGUUGGCUGCCAGCCCCCUGCCCAUGUUUUUGGGGAGUGGGGUAAUGCUGCCAAAGCGGUGAGAGUCAUUAUAACUGAUACAACUUUUCUGUCUAUAAAAUACAGUAUAAUAUAACAAUUAUAUUUAUAACUCUUUUUUUUUUUUUUUUUCUUCAAAAUACUAAAUAGAUGCUAUAAAAACCUGUAACUAAUUGUGCUAUAAACUGCAGGCUACAGGGUUGUAACAAACAAUGUAUUGGCUUGGUCACUGAUAUGUGUAUGUCGGAGUACUGUAUAAAUGCUUUAUUAGUGGCA